CGGUUACUCUUCGUCACAGUCAAUACAUCUUAACGAAAUCUUCCAAAAAAUCCAGAGAGGUUCGGGCAAUGGACAUGGAGGCGAAGACUAAAGAAGAAGAAGGGGAAAAUGGGAGAAAGUGGAAGCGAAGCCUAAGGAAAAAGAGCUUUAAAUCAGCUUCGUUUUGUUCAAUAAACAAUCUUGAUGAUGGCUGUCUCAUGCACAUCUUUAGUUUCCUUUCGCCAAUUCCAGAUCGGUAUAACACCGCCCUCGUUUGCCACAGAUGGCAGUACUUGGCAUGUCACCCUCGGUUGUGGCUGCGAGUAGACCGAUCAGUCAAAGAUUUAUCUGAUCCUGGAGUUUUCCCCAAUAUUGAGACAGCCGUCGCUGCAGCAAGGCCUGGAGACACCAUUUUAGUUGCAGCAGGAGGGAGUCAUCUUGCCUCUAAUAUUCAAAUAAAAAAACCACUUUGUUUGAUUGGUGGAGGUGAGCUUCCUGAUGAGACAACUCUAAUUUGUUCUCGAGGUUCAGACAGCGCAUUGGAGUUCCUGUCCACCUGCAAACUGGCAAACUUGACAGUGAAGGCAGAGCUUGGUUGCUGCUUACUUCAUAGAAGGGGAAGGCUAACUAUCGAUGGAUGUGUUCUUCAAUGCGAGUCUAACCUGGACUAUUUGUCAUUCCCGAUUGUGAGUACAGCCAGUGUUACUCAGCAGCUCCCUUCCUCAAUGAAGAGCCAUAGCGAUGGUGUCUUUGUAUCUCAAACCCGCAUUGAGGGUGGUGCCAGGGCUGUUUUGACAAGUGGGGACCUGGAAUUGCAGCGAGUUCGAGUCAUUUAUGCCCGAACAUCUCUCCUGUUCUGGUUUGAUGUGGAGCAUCAGUGAUGAUUAUCAUCAUCCUCAAUUUGCCUGUGAUAUUGCUCGACUGUCUAUUCUUGUAAACUUUAUUCAUAACCUUCAAUUGAAUGUUAUUUUGCGGUU